AUGUCUUACUCCUCAUUGGCAGUCAGAUAUUUCACGGCCCCUAAACCACUCGGUGAUUCCAUGGACGCCGACACAAGCAAAAGGUCUGGGUCCGAGCCCCAAGGUCACACGGUCAUGAGACCAAAUGUCUCUACUGAACGACCAUCCUCUGAGGUUGCUGAGCUUCACACGCCCAAGAGCCAGGGCUUGACUUUUGCAAACCAGGAUUCACUGCCUAAACUUCCUAUUCCCGAUCUGGAGGAUACUUGUCGCAGGUACUUGGAUACUCUGCAGGGCUUGCAAAGUCCGCGUGAGCAUGAAGAGACCAAGUCUGCUGUUCGCGACUUUUUAAAGAAUGAUGGUCCUCUUCUGCAAGAGCGGCUUAAGACUUAUGCUGGUUCGAAGACGAGCUAUAUUGAGCAAUUUUGGUAUGAUUCUUACUUGAAUUUCGAUAAUCCUGUUGUCUUGAACCUCAAUCCAUUUUUCCUUUUGGAGGACGACCCAACCCCCGCCAGAAAUCACCAGGUGACUCGAGCUGCGUCACUGGUGAUCUCGGCAUUGGCAUUUGUUCGAGCUGUGCGUCGAGAGGAGCUGCCUCCUGAUACCGUACGAGGAACGCCUCUUUGCAUGUAUCAGUACUCGCGGCUUUUUGGAACAGCACGUUUACCUACCGAUAAUGGCUGUGUCAUUAGCCAGGACCCCUCGGCUAAACACAUGGUUGUUAUGUGUCGAGGGCAGUUUUACUGGUUUGACGUCUUGGAUGAUAAUAGCGAUUUGAUCAUGAGUGAGAAGGAUAUCUCGCUUAACCUGCAGGUAAUUAUUGAGGACGCGGGUCAAACUCCACUUCAUGAGGCUGCCAAGGGUGCUUUGGGUGUACUCAGCACCGAGAAUCGAAAAGUCUGGUCGGGGUUACGCGAUAUCAUGACCAAAGAUUCUAGGUCUAACAACGCGGAGUGUUUGAACAUUGUCGAUACAGCACUUUAUGUCUUAUGUCUGGACGACACAGAGCCAUCCACUACGGCUGAGCUUUGUGCUAACAUGCUUUGUGGCACAAGCGAAGUCAUCAAGGGUGUGCAGGUUGGAACCUGCACCAACCGGUGGUACGACAAGCUGCAAAUCAUCGUCUGCAAGAACGGCAGUGCAGGUAUCAACUUCGAGCAUACCGGCGUGGAUGGCCACACAGUGCUACGAUUUGCCAGCGACCUGUACACCGACACCAUCCUCCGCUUCGCAAGGACCAUCAAUGGCCAAUCCCCAAGCCUAUGGGCAACCAGCAGCCCCGAUCCAGCAAAGCGUGACCCGCACAGUUUCGGAAACGUCAGCACAACACCGCGCAAACUAGAAUGGGACAUGACACCCGAGCUUAACAUCGCACUCCGCUUCGCUGAAUCUCACCUCUCCGACCUGCUCUACCAACACGAAUUCCAAGUCCUGGACUUCGAAGGCUUCGGCAAGAACUUCAUAACUUCCAUGGGCUUCUCUCCGGAUGCAUUCAUCCAGAUGGCCUUCCAGGCCGCCUACUACGGCCUCUACGGCCGACUCGAGAACACCUACGAACCAGCCAUGACAAAGAUGUUCCUGCACGGACGCACAGAAGCAGUGCGCACCGUAACGCCCGAAUGCAUAGACUUCGUCACAGCAUUCUGGGGCGAGAACGCCGCCGAACAAAAAGUCGACGCCCUCCGCACCGCAUGCCAAAAACACACCGCCGCCACAAAGGAAUGCUUAAAAGGCCAAGGCCCAGACCGCCACCUCUACGCUCUCUACUGCCUCUGGCAACGCUCCUUCGACGAAGGCCUCUUCCCAGACACCAGCUCAACAGGCGGAUACUCCAGCCCCGGCGAAACGCAAUCCCCAACCCAAAGCCAGGGCCCCGAAUCAUCGAAACUCUCCUACUCCUCCCCUUCAGAAGACGGUCUCUCCUCACCGGGAAGUAGCGCGCGCGCCUACCGUACAACAGCACCAACGCCCGCGAUUUUCGCCGACGCCGGCUGGGACAAGAUCAACAACACCGUGCUGUCGACUUCGAAUUGCGGAAACCCGUGUCUGCGACACUUCGGCUUCGGUCCCACAUCUGCUGACGGCUUCGGUAUCGGGUACAUUAUCAAGGAUGACUCGAUUUCGAUCUGCGCGAGUUCCAAGCACAGACAGACCUCGCGACUGAUGCACACGCUUGAGUCGUAUCUGUUUGAGAUUCGGAAGUUGUUGCGCGCGACGAAUCGGAAGCCGAGUCCGCGCACUAGUCGCGCGAGGGAGACGGAGGCGCUUGCUGAGAGUGCGCAGUCCGAGUUGCAUCGGCGUGGGAGGAUUGUUAAAGGUGGGGGUGCGCAGGGUGUUGAUACGCCUACUUCGGCUGCUGAUAGUAGUUAUUUGGAGGAUGAUGGGAUGGGAGGAUAUGGCUUCUUUGAUGCUGGUAUGCUUCUUCACGCGCUUAAAGGUCUCAAUGCGGAACGGGAACAACGCGGCGAGAAGCCUGCUCGGCAGAGGCACUUCACAACGACCCCCCGCACCGCCAGUUAUGCGGACACUCUACCAAACCUCAAAAUUGGCGCCCAUACCAGAGUAUUAUUCCAGGGAUUUACGGGGAGACAAGCGACUGCCAAUGUCAAGGAAUCUCUUGAAUGGGGCACUAAAAUCGUGGGAGGCGUCAAGCCUGGCGUUGAAGGUGAACAUUUAGGUCUACCAGUCUUUCCAUCUGUCAAAGUGGCCCAAGAACGGGUAAAACCCGAUGCAUCUGCAAUUUAUGUUCCGGGAAACCAGACUGCCAAAGCCAUCGAAGAAGCCAUUGAAGCAGAAAUCCCGCUCGUCGUAGCUGUGGCAGAGCAUGUACCGAUCCACGACAUCCUUCGGAUCCAUUCCAUGCUCCAAACACAAUCCAAGACCCGUCUAGUAGGUGCAAACUGUCCAGGUAUUAUAUCCGCCAUCGGCAAAUGCCGAAUCGGCUUCCAGCCAUUACCCUGCUUCGCGCCGGGAAAUGUCGGCAUUGUGGCUAAAUCUGGGACACUGAGCUAUGAGACAGUUGCGUCGACGACUCGGGCUGGACUUGGUCAGAGUCUUUGUAUUAGUAUGGGCGGUGACGUUUUGGCUGGUACGAAUUUUGUCGAUGCCCUUACGCUCUUUGAGAAUGAUCCUGAUACGAGGGGUAUUAUCGUGGUUGGUGAGAUUGGUGGUACGGCGGAGAUGGAUGCUGCUGAGUGGAUUAAGGACUAUCGACGGAGGACUGUUGAUCCUAAGUACGUUAUUGUGUCUUCUAGUUUGGGGUCUCUGGGGUUCUCGAAUGAAAUGCUGAUCUUGGAUAGACCCAUUAUGGCUCUUGUUGGUGGGUUGGAAGCACCCACUGGGCGGAUUAUGGGACAUGCUGGUGCUUGGGCUGCGCCUGGGGAACCAGAUGCGGAAACUAAGUAUCAAGCGCUUGAACGUGCUGGCGCGGUCAUGGUCAAUCAUCCCGAGAAGUUCGGUGAAGGAAUGAAAGCUUUGUUUGCGAACCAGUCUACCCGGCCGAGUAUAAGUGCAAUGUCCGGCACUAGCUCACACAAACGUGACUUUCAUACUAUGAGACGAGUUACGCCAAUCUCGAGACCAACACCCAACCAUAAGCGUAACCUGUACAUCAAGCAGUUCCAAGCAUUCGAUAUCCUCAAGCAGAAAUCUGUCGCUGUCAAUGAGUCGGCUUCCAGCUCUGAUAGUUCUGUUUCUGUUUCCAUUGCAGUCGACCGAACAGCGUUGUCACCAUGCAUCAUCGCCUCGCCGACUUCCGACUUUAACCCAGCUCAGUCGCAGAAAUUUCCAUUCCCUUACACUCAGACCAAACUUGAAAGCUCCACCAUCGCUGCCGUUGCCUCGCAUUUGGGUCUCCCAGUCGCUGCCCACAAGCAGCUUGCAGGCAUUGUGCAAGCACUUUGGGAAAUUUACAAGGAAAAGGAGGCCUUUACACUGGAGACGCAGAUUAAAACCUCUGCUGACGGUGCUUUGGAGGUCCACGGUGCGCGUUUUGGCUUCGAUGACGCUGCAUUCCGCAGUUCAGGUCGACAGGAAGAUAUCCACAAACUUCGAAAUAUAUCCGAAGAAGUCCCAGAGGAAAUUGAAGCUGAAAAGGACGGAAUUGUUUACGUCAAUAGGUUGGAAGGUGAAGGCAGCAUUGGCACACUUGUCAAUGGAGCCGGUCUUGCCAUGAACACGGUCGAUGCGCUCACUAUCCACGGCGGCCACUGCGCGAACUUCCUUGACACUGGUGGCAAGGCUACUUCGGAGACUGUCAAGGCGUCAUUUCGUGUGAUUUGCUCUGACACGCGCGUCAAAGCCGUCUUUGUUAAUAUUUUUGGCGGACUUACUCGCUGCGACAUGAUUGCCGAGGGUAUUAUCUUGGCUUUCCGGGAUUUGAAGAUGAAGGUCCCAGUGGUUGUGCGACUGCGAGGUACGAAUGAGGAACUGGGGCAGAAGAUGAUUGCGGAGAGUGGCCUUCCUUUGCAUGCAUUUGAUGGGUUCGAGGAGGCUGCAAAGAAGGUUAUCGCGUUGGCGAAAAGUCAAUAG